AUGUCCUCCGUGGAGUCCAAAAUGCCCCUUCCUGAAAAAACCCAGGUAUACAGUACCGACUCUGGAGCCGGCGACGUUGAAGUCUUAAAGCCCUCUGAAGAGCUCGAUGUUGGUGCAGGCUAUGCCAACCUGCUGCAGGAUUGCCCUUAUACCCGAGAAGAAGAAGUUGCACUACGAUGGCGACUUGACCGUCGGAUCCUGGCUAUUCUCUUCUUCAAUGUCAUCUUAGCUAGUGUGGACAAAACUUCUACCUCCACAGGUGCUCUGUAUGGCCUUAAAACCGACAAUGAUCUUACCGGAAAUCGCUACUCAUGGGUAGGAAGUUCUUUCUACUUUGGCUACCUGAUUGCCUCCAUCCCAGCAGCAUGGGCCAUGCAGCGUUUCCCCAUCGCCAAAGUCAUUGUUUCAUGCCAACUCGUAUGGGGGAUUCUUCUAUUGGCCAUGGGGUUCCUGAGCAGCUGGCCCGGUCUUUUGGCCUUGCGUAUCAUCUUGGGUAUGCUUGAAGCUCCCAUAAUUCCCGGUGCGGUGAUUAUGCUGGGAAUGUGGUACCCGAGACGAGAUUUGGCUCUUCGCUUGGGAUUUUUCUAUACUGGAUUUGCUCAAUUAAUUACGGGCCCGAUCGGAUAUGGCGUCGGCUUCAUUACAGGCACCUGGUUCAAGCCAUGGCGUGUAUUUUUCUGGAUCCUGGGCGGCAUCACAAUCAUAUGGGCCAUCAUAACCGCUUUCCUACUCCCCGACAGCCCUGUUAGCGCAAAGUUCCUCUCAGAGCGAGAGAAAGCAAUCGCCAUUGAACGCAUGCGCGCCGACCAAACGGGUAUCGAAAACAAACACUGGAAAUGGGAUCAGGUACGCGAAGUAGUCCUCGAUCCCAAGACCUGGCUAUUGUUUCUCUUCAACAUCUGGGUCAGCAUCCCCAACGGCGGCCUUACCAAUUUCACCCCCUUGAUUGUAAAUGGUCUGGGAUAUUCGUCCCAGCGCGCUGCUCUGCUUACCAUGCCAACCGGUAUUAUGGAAACGGUAUCCGCUGUUAUAAUCAACGGUACUAUUUUCCUCGUUAUCACUCGAUACAAUUCCAAAUUGCAACUUCGGGGCUUGCUUAUUAUCCUCGGUCUCAUUGUGGGAAUGGUCGCUGCCGUGUUUCUAUACACUUUACCGCUGACUGCUCUCCAUACUCGACUUGGAGCGCUUUACGUCAGCUUUUUCUACCUAGGCCCUUAUAUCGUGUCGCUGGGAUUCAUUACGCAGAACACAGCCGGACACACGAAAAAGGUCGUUCUGAAUGCGCUAUGCUUCGUCGCCAACUGCGUCAGUAACAUCAUUGGACCGCAGUUCUUCAAGUCUAAUCAAGCACCUCUCUACCCUCUGGGAAUGGGUGCUAUUUUCGUCAGCUAUGCUCUGAGUAUUCUCACAACAGCUUUGUAUAUGGCAUACUGCUGGAAUGAGAAUAGGAAGAGAGACAGAGCUGCAGAGGCUACUGGCGAGCAGUCUGUGGACGUUCAUUUGGAUACGGAUUUCAAGGAUUUGACUGAUAUGCAAAAUCCGCAUUUUAGAUAUGUAUGGUAA